UUCAAGGCUUUUUUUUUAAGAGGCAGAUGCUUGGUUGCUUGUGGUGGUUAUUAUGCUUUGGCUAACAGCUUGGGUGUUCCUUAAAGGCCCGCAUAUGGGGGAUCACUUCCCAAAGCCUUGGGCGCACUGGCUAAUGGGUCAGAGGGCCCACCUGGAGGGAGGUCGCUGCUGCUGGGUGGCGCUCUGCAAAGGCAGUUUGACAGGUUGGCUGAGCCUCGCUGCUUCCUGGCUUAUGGUGUCGGAGCCACGAUUUGCUGCCCUCACUGAUACAGAGCUCAGAUUGUGAACCCCAAAACUGAGCCAAAACAAACUCCCUUGCUCCCUAAGUGGCUCCUUUUGGGUGUUAUGGCAACCAAAAGCUGACUACCACAGAGGGCAGGAGAGGUAGCUAGGAGCUAAGGAGUCUGUGAAAGUUAGGGCUGGCUCCUUCAUGCUCUCAACCCUGAGACAGGAGUGGGUAGCACCCAAUACUUGACUUUUCAUAGUGCUUCUGAUUUUCACAUCAGGGGUAGAAAAUGGAGCGUGGGUUCAACAGAGGCUAUGAAACUGGCUCAUCUAGGUCCAGGAUCCUGAGAGGCACAUGGAUACCUGAGGCAUUUCUCUGAUAAGGGGCCAGGAGCUUGCGUGGGUGAUAGUGGGUGGGAUAGAUUUUCAGCUCCUAAAGGGAUUUCAGUAUUCUUUGCACCCACAUCUGCUUACUUCUUCCACCAGGGUUUCCUGCAGAGUGAGGAGAGGAGAGGUGCCUAGGUCUGAUCGGAAGUGCUGUGGUCUUGUCCCCCAGGCUGCAGGCUCUGCCGGAUGGUGCCCACACGCCUCUUCCUAGCAGCCGUGCUGCUUCAGGCCCAGACUCUGCCACCGGAAGCUUCCCAGUACUGCUGUAGCCUUGAGUACUGGAACCCAGACAACAGGUGCUGCAGCAGCUGCCUGUGGCGUUUUGGGCCGCCCUGCCCUGAUCAGGAGUUUUCUACAAACUGUGGGUACAAUGACGUCGGAGAUAUGGAAACGUAUCCAUUCAAGAAGUGUCCUCCUGGCCAGUGCAACCCAGACCGCGAGGAGCUCUGCAGGCCCUGUGGCACUGGGACCCCAGCCCUCACAUUGGCCAGGAGCUGUAACAGAACCCAGCAGCGCUGCAAAGAGAGGCCCAUUGGUAUAAAUCGCUGCUCAGCGACUAGGAUACUGAACCACCCAAACCACAGUAGCUCCUAUGAGCCCAGCUUACCAGCAACUGAUAGUCUGUCGUGGACCACCAACAGCAACAUCUCUCCACCAAACUUUGUCCUGCCCUUGGUGCUGGUUCCACUCCUGCUUGUGACCUUCUCAGUGAUUCUGCUUGCUCUGUGGAGGCAUCGGCUACCCAAGGGAGAAGCCACUGCCAACACUGGCUCGGUUCAUGGAAGACCCAACACCUAUGGCCUCUCCUGGCCCUUCUCCACAGGCACCCUGGUGCUAUCUGGGGUAGGGAGCACAGGGGUGGCACACUCUUUGCAGAGACACGUGAGCAGAGAGCUGCCAAACCUGGCUUCCCAGCCCCUGUCCUGCCUUUUGGAAGAGCUCGAGGUGCUGGAGGAGCUGAUUUUGCUGUUGGACCCUGAGCCCGGACCAGGUGGGAGCGGGACCUGUGGUACCACUAGACACCUAGCUGCAAGAUACGGGCUGCCUGCCACCUGGUCUACCUUUGCCUACUCACUGCGGCCCAGCCGGUCACCACUGCGGGCCCUGAUAGAGACGGUGGUGGCCAGGGAGCCAGGCGCCUCUCUGGGCCAGUUUGGUUCAUACCUGGCCCAGAUUGGGCGGGCAGAUGCACUGCAGGUACUCUCCAGGCUUACUGGACCUACUCUAUUCAAUAAAAACGAAAACUUUGUUUGA